UUCGGUGGCGCGUGGCGUGCCGGCUGCGGAGGGAGGUGGCUCGGCCCGGUUCGGUCCCGGGCGGGGAGGGACCAAGCCGACCACCGCCGCGUGGCUACACCUCUGUACCUCUGUUUUAUCCCUUAGUCGUGGCUCGCGCCGCAGCCCCCUGUGAUGGUGUGGUGGCGCGAUUCUCCCAGUGCCUGGCUGAGUUUCGGACGUGGUUAAGAACCAACUGGUUGAGGUUCAAUGCAGACAAGACGGAUGUGAUGCUGUAGAAAAUGUGCAUCAGAUGUUUAUGUUUAAUUGGUUUACAGACUGUCUGUGGACUCUUUUCCUGUCAAAUUACCAGCCAUCUGUUGAGUCUUCAAGUCCAGGAGGUUCAGCAACAUCAGAUGACCAUGAAUUUGAUCCAUCAGCUGACAUGCUGGUACAUGAUUUUGAUGAUGAACGAACAUUAGAAGAGGAAGAAAUGAUGGAAGGAGAAACAAACUUCAGUUCUGAAAUAGAGGAUCUUGCAAGGGACAUCUUUAUUGUUAAAUCAUCGGAAUUUGCAUGUGUAACAACAGAAAUCCAUCUUGAAUUACCUAGUCAAAAUAAAUUCUCCUGGAAUAUGUUUAAACGUAAGGGUAUAUCCCAAGCAUCAGGGACUCAGGAAGGCGACAUGCCAAUUCAUGAACUUCUCAGCCUUUAUGGUUAUGACAGUACUGUUCGUUUACCUGAAGAAGAUGAAGAGGAAGAAGAAGAGGAAGAAGAAGGGGAAGAUGAUGAAGAUGCUGAUAAUGAUGACAACAGUGGCUGUAGCGGGGAAAAUAAAGAAGAGACUGUGAAGGAUUCGUCUGGUCAGGAGGAUGAGACUCAGUCUUCCAAUGAUGACCCAUCACAGCCUGCUGCGUCGCAGGAUGCUCAGGAAACCAUCCGCCCACGUCGGUGUAAAUAUUUUGAUACAAAUAGUGAAAUAGAAGAAGAAUCUGAAGAAGAUGAAGACUAUAUUCCGUCUGAAGACUGGAAAAAGGAGAUUAUGGUGGGCUCCAUGUUUCAAGCAGAGAUUCCAGUUGGCAUUUGUAGAUACAAAGAAAAUGAAAAAGUUUAUGAAAAUGAUGAUCAGCUCCUGUGGGACCCUGAGUAUUUAUCAGAAGAUAAAGUAAUUGUAUUUCUUAUGGAUGCAUCUAGAAGAACAGGUGAUGAAAAAGGAGUAGAAGCCAUUCCUGAAGGAUCUCACAUAAAAGACAAUGAACAGGCUUUAUAUGAAUUGGUCAAAUGCAAUUUUGAUACCGAAGAAGCAUUGAGAAGAUUAAGAUUCAAUGUAAAAGCAGCAAGGGAGGAAUUGUCUGUGUGGACGGAGGAAGAGUGCAGAAAUUUUGAACAAGGGUUGAAAGCCUAUGGAAAGGAUUUUCAUUUGAUUCAGGCUAAUAAAGUUCGAACAAGAUCAGUUGGUGAGUGUGUGGCAUUCUAUUACAUGUGGAAAAAAUCUGAACGCUAUGAUUUCUUUGCUCAGCAAACACGAUUUGGAAAAAAGAAAUACAAUCUUCAUCCUGGUGUGACGGAUUACAUGGAUCGGCUCCUGGAUGAAAGUGAAAGUGCUGCUUCUAGCCGAGCACCAUCCCCUCCCCCAACUGCCUCGAACAGCAGCAACAGCCAGUCUGAGAAGGAGGAUGGCACUGUCAACAGCAACAGUCAGAAUGGGUUGUCAUCUAAUGGACCAGGUGAAAUACUAAACAAAGAAGAAGUAAAAGUGGAAGGGUUACACAUUAAUGGACCAACAGGUGGAAAUAAAAAGCCACUUCACACAGAUGUGGAUACUAAUGGUUAUGAAACAGAUAAUCUUACCACUGACCCCAAACUUGCUCAUGUAACUGCAAAAAAUGAAAAUGAUUUUGAUGAGAAAAGUGAGAGACCCGCCAAAAGGCGAAGGAUAAACAGCAAUGGAAAAGAAAGUCCAGGUUCUUCUGAAUUUUUCCAAGAAGCGAUCUCACAUGGAAAAUUUGAAGAACUUGAAAACACAGAUGACUAAAUUUUAAAUCUGUUCUACUUUCUUUGGAGUAAAUUCUGGUGUGACUAAAAUUUUCAGGGUUUAUGGGUUACCUUAAAAAGUUGAUUUCCUUGAAGCAGUUAUUUUAAAAUAGAAAAAUUUGAAUUAAGUACUAACUUUAGAAAAUAAGAUUUCAUCAUUUUGCCUUUUUUGAAUUUUUCAUCUAAAAACAGUCAAGAAGCUUUUAAGCAUAUCAAAAAUAGUUUAGGGUAUUUGAACCAAAAAUUUAUCUGUAUAUUCUAAUUUGAUAUAUUUUAAAAUUUUGCUGUAUGAUAAUUUCUUAUUUUGAUACGAAGUGGGCAAAAGCCAAGUUCAAAUUUCUUCAUAACACCAACUUCUCUUGAGUUUCUUAAAAUGUCUUCAUAGACAUUUUUCUCACCAUACAAAAUGAUCAUUAUUAUUUAAGGAAACCCUUAUGAAUCCUGAAAGUUAUGCUAGCAUGAUUUUUUUAUAUAUAGAAGUUUAAAAAUAAACCAAGUCAGGUUUGUAUAUGUAAAAUUGUUGACAUCAAUGAUGUCUUUCCAUAUUCUUAUCUGGGCUUAAGAAAUACAUUCUGUAUUUUUCCAGAUUCUUUGUAGCCUUUGAAAGAUUUUUACAGUACAUAUGUCUUGACUGAGCUGUCCUUUCUUAAUACAAAGCUUGUAUAAUUUUCUUAACUUGUACAGUUGGUAAACUUUUAUGAGAGGAAUUGAUACUCUGAGUCUGUCAGCUUUCAUUUUAUUUUGCUAAGGUUUUUCUAAUGAAUUUUUAAGUGUUUGUGUAGUAAAUAAGUCAUGUUUCUUAUCCAGGUGGUAAAAGCAUUCAUAAAGGAUUGUGAAUUUUUUUUAAUUUGUAUGUAAAGACAAAUAAUUUGAGAAUUUGGAAAUUGAGCAUGAUGCUUAGAUUGCAGCUUUUCUUUUGCAUUUGCCAUAAUUUUCAGUCAUGUUUGAAACAAGAGUUUCUUGUCAGCUUUAAGAAGUUAAAUGUGUCACACCAUGAUCCUGUUCAGUUAUUUUUAUAUUCAUUAUAAAAUCUCCCGACUUUUUGCAUUAGACAAAGGUACCAGGUCAAGUGAUAUUUAGAUAUUGGCACAAAGAGUAACUGUUGGCAGAUAACACUGAUUUUUAUGAAGAAAAUGGGAUGACGUUUGAAGAGUGUGCAGACUUUGCUGUUUGUUACAAUCCAGUUUUUCAGAUUUGUUUUUCCAAAAAUAAGAUUUACAGCAACCAUUGCUCUGUGUGAUUAUGAAUAGGAUUGUCCAUCUUUAUAGCCCUAUAAUAAUGCCAUUUUAUUUCUAGCAUAGAAUUCUUGUUGAAAAAAAAUCUAGUUGUACACAGCUGAAAGACCGAUCUACAUCCAAACGUGUAAAAGAUUAUUAGCCCCUGUUUUUCUCACACAGACCUACCCUAAUGCUUAUUUGAUUUGCUUUUGGCUACAAACUCAAGAGCCACUACCUUUUUGAAAUAAAUCUUUGCUGGUCUUAUUUUUAAUGGCUCAACUAUGUAAUUCAACUUAGUAGAGGAUUUUUUUGCACUGAGAAGUUAUUGUUAAGACCUACCCCCCCCCCCAUGAAGUAUUACUGUUAACAUACAUUCAGACUGCUUCCCUUCACGAUGUGAACAACUAUUUUUCCAAAGCAGUGUUAAAAUCCACUUGUGUAACACUUGACUUUGUAAGGUGUACAUUCACUGUUAUUACAUGCAUAUCCAAGUGAAUCCAGGUUUGGGGUGGAAGUGUUUGAAGUGUUGAGAAGUUUGAGUUUUUGUUGUUUUGUUUUACUUAAAACAUUAAUUUAUCCAGAAUGGCAGUAGUUUUAGCAGAUGGUCACAGUCCAUUUUUUAAAUUGAAUUUUAUUAAAUGAAUCCAAAGCAUCCUAGCUCUUGUCAAAGAUAGCUACAGAAAUGUUUCAAAAGAAUGGUGAUGCUGUACUUUUCAGACUGUUGCAAUAUUACAAAUGCCAUUUUCAACUUUCAUUAAAAGAUGCAUUUUGUUUGCAGGUUUUGAAAUUGUUGCAAACUAUUAUAGGAAUGUUUUAAGUAAAUUCUCAGGCAUGUUUGCAAAUAUGGCACAUGUAUAAAUGUUAGGAAAUUUUACUUUGUUAUCUUUUUAAAGUAUGCCUAAAGACAUUCCACUAUUAUACAUUAUUAUGCUUUUGAGCUUUUCAGAAAGAAAUAUUUAAUUGUAUUUUGUUUAUACCGAUAUUUUACAUAGUACUUUGUUCAUAAUGCAGCCACUAGAACUUGAUAAGUCAUUGCACUAUUUUGAAAUGUUUAGUAAUAUCAUGAAUUUAACUUGCUUAACAUUUAAUACACUUCGUAACUUGUCAAAUUGUAUUGGGGAAAUGAGCUUUUGUUAAUAGUUCCAGAGACUGCCACCCCAUUUGCAACCCUAGGCUAGGCACUAUCAUUUUCCAACAGUUCAGAAUCUGCACUUCAGUUUAAUACAAAUCUCUUGACCUUUAAAAUGUAUUUGAAAUAAUAUUUAAAUAGGCAUUUAAAAUUAUGAAUUAGAUGUUUUUAAAUUUAUGCAUACUAAUUUUGCACUGUAAAAUAAUUCCCUUCUCCCAUUCCUUGUCUGCCAUUCUGAAUAUGCUUAUUAAAAUAUUUUUCUAAAUAAAUUUGCCUACAUUA